UAUCCGAAGCUUAAUUCAGGCCCAUACCAACUUUAUCGUUGCUCGAAAUCCCGAAAAAACAGUCCAAUCAACAAGUAAAAAUGGUAGUACUAAUUUUGGGAAAACAAUCCACUCAACAACGGUAAUAUUUUUCAAAGUUAAAACCUAUUUGAACGGUAAUUUCGUGGGCAAAAGAAACCAAAAAAAAAAAACUUGAAGCAUAGCAUCAUCAAGAAAUCAAAAGAUGGAAGGGGAGAAACAGUACGAUGUAUCAGACAGUGAAAGUGAUUAUGAUUCCGAUGAUUCACAAGAUGACCCAACUUUUGACAUUCUUGAGGAAACAAGAUCCAGUCUUUCAAAAAUGUCCAUUAAAAAGAACGCUUCUAAGGAUAUGUCUGCCAGGCGUAAUGUUUCUAAGGCUUUAGAGGAGUGCGUUGAGGGAGAGCAGGAGCAGGACAAGAUAGUGCCAGAGCUUGAUGAGAAAGAUCAGAAGAGUUAUGAAACUGUUCAGAAGAUAAUCAAAGCUGGUCAGAUUGAGAAAUUGAAAGUUGAGCAAUGCAAGGUUUACCUAAGGAAGCACGGGCUGAGAUUGACGGGUAGCAAAGAUACACUUAUUCAGCGCAUUAAAGAGCACACUGAUAUCGUUGAUGGUCGUGGAGAGGAGAAGUAUCCCCCGUCAAGUUUUGUAUUGAACUGCAAAGGGGACGCGUGUACCGGGGAUGUUGUUACGUUUGAACAAAAUGUAUAUGAAAUGUUCAACAUUGCAUCCAGGAGUGCUACUGGUCCUCCCUGCGGAACAAGAAUAGUUGCAGGGCGGAUUGUCAAAGAGAGCUAUGGUGCUAAAAAACAGCAACAUACCUUUACAGUUGAGGUAUUGUGGAGUAAAGGGGAGAAACCGCUGCCUCCACUGCAUCCUCUCCUCAUUAAGGGAAGAAACCUCUAUAGAUUAAAAACAUAUCGACAGAAAUGGGACAAUGAAGCAGAAAGGCAGAAGAUUUUAUCAGAGAAGCAUGCCAGAGGAUUUGUUGCUCGGUCUAACAGGGGAACACGCGUCCGAGAGAAAGAAAUGCGACAGAUGCGAAAGGAAAAUAGGGUAAGCACAGACCACAAGGAGAAGAAAACAGAAGCUGAGAGUAAAGGCAGGAUGCCACAUCAACACCAAAAGAACACAGAGCACAGUAAAGGGAAACUGCUGCAUUCUCUCUCGGUGAACUCGGUAAACAAGAAAGAUCAGCCUCAGGUAGAAUUGGUGGACAACGGCCAAAAAGAUGAACAAAAGGAAUGCAGAAAUUAUACAACCGUCAUACCGGAAAAUGUCUUCUCUAGAGAAAAUCGGCCAGAAGAAAGGCCUUAUCAGAGGCAGCCUUUGAAUAAUGUGAACCUUUAUGAUCCAAGUUCUUACAGGGAGCAGCGAGGCUUCGGAGAAAGCUACACUUCUAAUCCUUCAAAGAGUCCCUUAAGAAUGCAUAACUCAGAUACGCAUAUGCCAAUGUGGAGGGGCUCUAGCUAUGGAGGUAACAUGAACAGUAAUAGUCCAUUAAGAAUGCACAACUCUAAUGCGCAUAAUAUUCCACAGUGGAGGGGCUACAAGGAUGGAGGUUACGGAAAUUGGGAUACUAGUAGAAGUGCAUUGCGAGGACAUGGUAAUUCACAAAAUAUGAACUAUAGAUCUCCACAAAGAACUGAGAACUGGCAAGCAAGGAAUGGUUGGUGUGAUGCAGGAGCUGCAAAGCGUCCGUUUCAAGGACAGCGAGAGGAACAAAAGAGGCCUUGCCGGUUUUAUGCUCAAGGAAGAUGCUACUAUGGGCAUAAUUGCAAGUACUUGCAUGAUUCCGUAAAUAUUUAAGCAUUCAAGUGAAAGAGCAAGCAGUAUUAUGCUUUGGAAGAUCUUCACAGAUCCACUUUUUUGGGGUGACAAGUCUUUUGUCUCGGGGAUAGCGUCAUUGUUCACAAACAACUUGAAGAACAAACUGUUUUUGAGUUAUCUCAACUGUUUUCUAUUCCCUAACUGCAAUGUGCAAAGCAAACGUAUUGGAUAUAUUUAAAAGUCUUGAACUGAUAUGGAAAUGAAUCUUGGUAA